AUGUCAAAAACUAGCCUCUCUCAAAGGAACUCGAGAAAUUACUCAACUAUUGGAGCACCGGCGCCCCUGUCCCCGACCAUCGAUAGAAUUGAGUCACAAUCAAAGGCUUCAUUGGACACACAGAACCCUAAAACCGCCGUCUCUGCCACGACCACCACAACCACAGGAAGGUCCAAGACGAGCGUCCAUGUAACAGCCCUCGACAGCAUAGUGAACGUCAACUCACUCUUCACCAUGGCAAUCUUCAUAGGCUUCUCCCUGACUGUGCCUGCUGCCGGCAGCGCCGGGACUCCGGCAUCAUGCACCGCUAGCAUCAAAACAAUCAGGAGACUUAUCGUUUUUGAAGUGAUUUCGUUCAGUUUCUUUCUCUUUUCCUCACUCAUAGCCCAAAGUCUCAAGCUAGCAAUCAACUUGUUGAACAAUUUAGAUGCAACCGACCCUCAUAAAGCUGAUAUUGACUCUUCUUUCCACAAAUACGCCUUGUUUGGCUCCGCCAUUGGAUCUGUAAUGGGAUGUGUGUUCUUGAUGCUUUCGAUUGUGGAUUUCGUUCAGGUGAAACUGGGCAUACUUUCUUGUGGAAAUGAACCUGUAUACGCCGUCGUAACACUGGUUGUAUUAGUAGGUUCUGCCUUACUGGUUUAUAUUACUACUUCCAUAUAUGCAGCAUUUUUUAUGUAA